UAGUGAAAGUGCCAAGUCCUAACCACUGGACCACCAGGGAAUUCCCUGCCCUGUUUUAUUAUGUUUAUAACUCUUUUCACUACCUGAAGUUAUUUCUUUGUUGUAAAAUAAGUGUCCAUCUCCCCCACUAACCUGUACGCUCUGUGAGAUCAGAGACCUCCUCAGGCCUCACUGAGGUCUCCUCCAUGAUUAAGAGCAGCAUCUGGCACACAGUAGGUGCUCAAUAAAUAUUGGUUGAAGGAGAGAAGGAAGAAUCAGUGUCAGGUCCAGUGCCGGGUUCUGGGAAGUAUAUCAGCAUCUCUGUGGUGGGCUUGCAGCCCUUAUCUUGAAGGUCUGAGACCAGAUUGGGCUCUGUGAGGUGAGUUUCUUUGAGAUUGCAGGAGCUGCCAGCACCGACUGUGACGUUUCCCUAAAUGCUGGUGUCCUAGCCUCAGAGUAAGCUGGGGCCUAGUAACACUCCACUGCCCACCAGGACUCCUACAGUGGAGACUUCCCCAGACACAGGAAUGGUUUCAUAUGCCAGGCAUCCCCCCCAAAAUGACAAAGAGCCACUUUGUCAUUACACCAGCUUGCCCAGCCUGGCCCCCAGUGACUGAGAAUUGCUUCAGAUUCUGUCUCUCACAUUUCUUUGUAAGGCCUGUGGGGCGUGUAGUCUGGCCCUAUGCUCUCCCCUCCAGCCUUGCUGCUACACUAAGCAGCCCAUUUCACUCACCCCCCCUUACCUUCCCUCACCCACCUGGGCAGGUCUUGCUUCUGGUUCCGUAAUAAUACAGCGCCACAGUCCCCAGUGUGCUGGUCGGAAGUCCAAAAAGCUCCAACCACUGAAGGUUUUCUCUAAGGUCUUGUCCUUCCAGCCGAGACCACCAGGAACCCAGCUGUAGUUGAGCAAAGUUGGCCUCAUGGACUUGUUGCCAUAAGGGAGAACAUACAGCGUGCCUGUUCUGAUCACCUCCCGCUCACCCCUUGGUAGGAAGGGACCCCACCCUCAAUAGUACCACACCUGGCACUGGACAGGUGACAUCCACGCAUAUACUCACAGCUGGGGGAAGAGGACACCGAGGGCCACCUGGUGGAAGCCUCUAGAAUCAGGACAGAAGACAGAGUUCUUGGAGUUAGGAAGCAGAGGGAACCAGCAAAGGCUGUGGGUGCAGUCUUUGUAGUAGUGGGGGGUGGGGGUCUCCCCUGGUUCCCACAGGAGGAUAUGAUGGGCUUGCUUGAAUAAUUUCACAGGCUGGCAGGGAACCGAAGCCCCUCAGGAUGAGGACGGGGUGGAGUGCAGCUGGUCUGGCUGCUGGGGGAACUAGCAGGGUGGGGGGCCUUCCCUGCUGGGUGGGGGGCACCUCUGACAAGAGCAGGGGAAACCAAGGGGGCCUAUGAGACCCAAAGAUGUCAAGGCAGCAGUUGAAAUUUUAGUCUAUGGGGAGUUCCCUGGUGGUCUAGUGGUUAGAAUUCGGUGCUUUCACUGCCAGGGCCUGGGUUUAGUCCCUGGUCAGGGAACUGAGAUCCAGUAAGCCACACAGUGCACCAAAAGAAAAAGAAAAAGGAAAUUUUAGUCUAACAACACAGUGGGGAUCCCAGGGACAUCUCACAAGAGGGUUAAGGUAGAAGGACUUGUUCUGGGAUUUGGCCCUUGUCAGGCGAUGCGGGGAGCAUUCUGGGUUGGUGCUGUCAGGAAGCAGGGGUAGUUCUAUGGUAUUUUAACCAGUCUUAUCUCGAAGGCCGGAGGAAUGAAGCAAAGCUAACGGUCUAGCUGGUCGAGAAGCAGCAGUCACUCGGCUCAGCCAGGACAGGGGCCACAUGGUCAUAUUUGUAGUUUGGAUGACGUUCUGUUCUUGUCUGAGUUCAGACAUGACUGUUACCGGCCUUGUUUGGUCUUGAGCCCAUCACAGGCAGAGCCCCCUGUCGGUUGGGGCUUCUGGGAAGUCACCUUCACUGAAGUGGACCAAGGCCCCCCCAGCUGGGCCAGUUUCCCGUCCACACUGCCUCUCUCCUCCCCCGUGCCCCUUCUAGCUGAGGGCAGACGAGGUCAGCCCUCAGGCCGCUCAUCUCGAUACCCAGAACUCUGCCCUUGACAAAGCAAGCAGGUCAGGAGGUUUGUAGCUGGACUGUGUGUGAUUAGACCUCCCACUUUUGUGCAUGUGAGCUGUCCAGCCCUCUCAUGGGGCAGUCGCUGCACUUAAGGCUCUGGACAGCAGACAUCAGCCACCACAACACAGGCAGAUGUCAGAAACAAAACUGGCUGUUGGUUGUGGUACCAGAUCCUGAAGACAGAGACCUCGACUGCCAAACCCAGGCCCUGAAAACCGCCCCAGAGUCGGGCUCAUCUUUCCCUAGAGACCCCAUUGACUUUUUUUUGGAGGCCGGUCAUGAGCUGUGUACUUGACCCCAUUGACUUUUUUUUGGAGGUCAGUUAUGAGCUGUGUACUUGACCCGUGGUAUUUAUGUGGUAUUUACACUGAUGCUGCAAGAAGUGUCUGUUCCAAUACAAAUUUCUGUUGGUUAGACAAGGAGAAAUUCAGGGCUUUGGGAUCCGCUGGCAAAUUUACAUCCGCCCGGUUCAUUGGGCUUCCAUUAUGGGAAGCUGGGGUUUCCUAACUCCGAGAACUCUGUCUUCUGUCCCGAUUCUGGAGGCUUCCAAGGAGCGAGCUGCCUCUCCAUCACGCCCCCUGCACGCUUCUUGGAAGGGGUCAUUGGUCUUACAAAACUGAAGGGCUUGAAUUAAAAGGCAGCCUGUUGGUCUGUUGGAACAUUCCUCAACAAUUAACUGGGCCGCUGCUCUGCCCACCCCAGGCUCUCAGAAGCUUGCCCGCUCGCCCACGUUCUCUGGUGUCCUAGCAACCGGAAACUCAUCUGAGCUCCAGCCGGGACAGAGGCCAUUUUCUCCCUGACCACUGUGACUUGCAGGCUCCCCGGGCCCCUGAGAACCUGUCUGUACAGCUUGCGGGUCCACUGAAAGCCACCGUUUGUCCCCAUGGACUCCCAGAAGGCCAGCCCAGCCUGCCCCUAACCCCGGCAGAAUGAGCUUCUCGCUCACGUUCUCAGAGCUGGUCAACAUCGCCAUCCCACAGUGCAGGGUGGUGAACUUCAAGGCCCUGCACCUCCUACUCCAGGGUAUCCUGGAGCACAUCCACAUGGCUGACCUUGAGAAGGUCCUCUCGGCGGAUGAGGACUUCCUCCACACCUCGCCAGCCAUGUUCAUGCCCCGGGAAGGAGACUUCCAGCCCAUCCUUAACCCCAUGAAGAGGCUCGGCAACGUCUUUGACCACCUGGUGAGCCAUGUGGACAAGAUGGAGAGCCAGCUGGCCGUGCUGCAGGAACUGCCCUCCACCUCCCAGCUGCUGGAGGGCAGCCAGGGCACUGGCCAGCCCGCCCAGGACUUAUGGAACCUGAUAAAGCUCCAGAUAGUGAAGGGCAACGAGGAAGCCAUGGCCAAGUCCAUGAAGACCCUGCAGGAUGUGCUCACCGACAUUUAUGCACUCAAGGUCACUGUUGAAACCCUCAGGAAGGAUGUGGCCAUGCUGAAGGACAUGUUUGACAAGAUGCAUCUGGAAAGAAUAGAUGCUUUCUCUGAAGAUUUGAAAGGGUAGAACUGGAAGAUGAGUGCACUGCAGUGGGAAGUGAUUUCUCUCCAGAACAAGAUAACCACCAUGCCCAAAACUGAGGACAUGGUGCUCUGGAGCAGCCUCCAUGAGGCCAUGUUCACCCUGGGAACUGCUCCACAACUGCUGGAUGAUUCCAAGCGGUGGCAGAUUGCGAAACAUGUUGCAGAGAUCGACCUUCCUCAGACGGCUGAGUACCACGAAGAAGUUAGCCACGGCCAGGUCGUGGAGGCCAUCCAGCGCCCCAGUUCCUGGAGACCAUCUGGCAUUACCAAGUCCAGGGCAGCUACAGGAGGAGGAGUCUGCCCAAGCAGCUCUGCUUCCCAGGGCCCAGGGGCCGGACCAGGCCCAAGUGCUCGAACCUGGGCCUGCACCUGGACCUGGGCCUGCGUUUGGACCUGGGCCUGCCCCUGGACUGGGGCCUGCCCCAGGUCCUCAGCCCACACAAUCAGGAUCCUGGCCUGUACCACCACGAGGCUGGCCUCCUCCCAGAGGCUUGCCCGGGACUACUCUGGGCCUCAUUUACUGCAGUCAUGGUCUCGCCAGGGAGACACAUCCAAGCUCUCAGCUCUCUCAGAAAAGGAGGAGGAAUAUUCCUCCGUGGAAGUGGGAGUCCCUCAGGAUGGAGCCCCAAGGGCUGAGGCCUCCACGGAAGUACUCCCUAAGGGAUCCCCGUCUGCGGUUCAGCAGAUAAAAUCCAAUGCUGCCAUUGCAGCUGCUGCCGCAGCCACCUUCGCAGCUGCAGCGACAUCGGCAGCCCGGGCAGCUAAAGCGGCUGCCAGGCUGGUCAAGGACACCCUGGCCACCAAAUUGGCCACCAUAGCAACAGCCGUGGCCGCAUCCGGGCCCUUAGGGGUCCUUGCAGACAUCCUGGGCACAGGGACCUCCCGUGGGGCCUUCACCGAGGACGGCGAGAUGGAAGACUUGCAAGAGGUGGACUGUGAGGACGUCCUCUCUCCUUCAUUCUCUUCUGCCCGUGUCCCUCCCAACGUGGCCCUGUCGCAGGCCAUGCUGGCUGCCGAACAGGCCAUGACCCCUGAAGACAAGAAGAAGGCCGUCAGGUGUUCCAUGAGCCACAUAGCCCAGAUGCCCAUUAGACAUGACUCCCUGAAAGAAGAGUUUGCCCAGCUGUCAUCCAACCUGCAUCAGCGUAUGACUUAUCUAGCUAAUAUGGGAGCCUCUUCCAAGCUUGGGACAACGGCGGACGUAUUGCAAGAAAAGAUUGGCAGCCUCCAGAAAUCCAGGAUGAGGGAGGAGGAACUUGAGAGAAUUUGGGGCCACCAGAUAGAGAUGAUAAAGGACCACCACCUCGUGCUGGACAGGGCAGUGGACAAGCUCCAGAUUCGCCUGGAUGAGUUUAAGGUUGUCCAUUCUCGGAUUAAAAACCUAGAAAUGUACAAGGCAGACAACAGUGUGAUGGAGCAGGAGCUGAAAGAGAAAGCCGACAGGCGCUCCCUGGCAGGCAAGGGAAGCCGGGCUGACCUGGACGCAGUGGCGAUGGAGCUGAAUGAGACGAUUCAGGGCAUGCUCUUCAGGGUUAUGGCCAAUGAGGAUGACUGGAAGAAGACUGUGGAGCAGCUGGACAAAGACCUACGCACCAAGCUGGUUCCCAGUGAUUUGGACGAUCUGAAGAAAGACAUGGAUGAGGUCUGGAAAGUAGUCAGGAAGCUGCUGAUUGAAGGCUUCUGGUUUGACCCCAACAGUGCUGCCGGCUUUAGGAAGAAACUGUUUGAGCGGGUGAAAUCUAUCUCCGGCCACCGGCCCGUGAACAUGAUGACCUGCCCGCAACUCAUCACCAUCCACAGUGCCCGCCUGCUGUCGCGGCUGCGGCCGGCCAGUGCCAACAGCUACGAGUACCUGCAGCGGCAACAGGUGAGGUGACAGCAGCUGCAGAAGCUCCAGAACCUUGCAGCCCUGGAGGGGAGCCUGGACUCGCUGGGCUCCCAGCAGGACUGGGGUGAUGGCCCCGGAAAUGAUGCCAACCUUGAUUUCAAAUCAUGUAACUUGUCGACAAUCUCCCCCUACAGGGACCCUGAGUUGUUGGACUAUGAUUCCAUGAGUCAGGCCGAGGUGGACAUCCUGGGAGUGGACGGGAUCCUGUACAAGGGCUGAAUGAACAGCAAGGACAGGGCGCGGCCUCUGACCGACACAGAGAAGGAGCUGGCAGCUGUUAAGGUUCCGCAUCCCCCAGCUCGAAGCCCAUAUGAGGGUGUGCGCCCGAGUGCCUUAUUCGGUGCCAUCUACCCCUCAGCCUGCCCCCCCCAAACCAGCAUGGGCUCAGCCACCUCAGGCCCCCCCGACAUGCCAGCUCAGCCUCCGUCUCUGCCUCCCCUGCCACUGCUGCCACAGCUGAUGCCAUCCCUGCAGGAUCCCCAGCCGGCCCCAGGGCCUGCCGGGCACCCAAGGCCUCUGCGCCUUGAGUCCCAAGCCGGCAUGCAGUCCACCAAGGAGCCCACCAAGCUGUGAGCCUGCAGUGCCAGCGUCGCCCCCUCCCCCGAGCAGGUGGAGACCCUGCCCUGAGCCUAGUCUGGGGAAGGUGCAGGGGCCCUGGACUUAGGGGAGGGUCUCCGUAAGGAGCUCAUUUUGAUCCAGUAGCUGUUUUAACUGUCAUAUAAAUACCUGUAAUACAAUCCUUCUCAUGCUACGUGUCAUGGAGAACACAGCUUUCUAGAUUGAAUUUCCCACUAAACCAAUUUAAUUCCUUGACCAAUUUUCAAUACAACACAAAGUGGUUUUAAAAACAAUCACUUUCCUUUUUAUUUUGCUGAAAUGAUUUUAUCAGAAUCAGUUCCAAUUACAGCUAACGCCACUGUCCAUUUUCUUUGGGGACCAUUAUUUCUACCAGGACCAAUUUUCUCAUGGGAACCAAAUUUUAUUGCGUGCAUGGUUUUUUAUUGUCUGUUGAUUGUUCCCACCAGUAAUUAGUUAUGAGUUGGAUAUUUAAAGAACCUGACUGUUUGUAUUUACUUCUGGCUAAUCCAUGAGGCACUUGGAGCAAUGGCCCUGGAAUCCUCCAGGACCGCUCUGUCCUGUUUGGCAUCUUUCUGCCUCUUUGGUUCCCGCGCUCACUGCCUAUGCACUUGGUGGAGGGGGCGGGGGUGUCAAAGCGUCCUGAUUUGGGGUUCAGAGCCCGGCCUACUCACGCCUGCCUGGCGGGUCCUGCAGCCUGGCGUGGUUUCUGCCCCUUGGACGGUUUACUGGUCCCUCCUUCUCCGUUUCGCGUUUUCUCCCUUUCCACCCCCUAGGUUGUCCAGUUGCGCCCUCUACCCUUUCUGUGCUUCUGAUACUUGUAUCACAUUCCACAAAGACUAAAAAAAAAAAAAAUUUCCCUCUGAAUAGUUUUGGGGCAUGGCUCCCCCAAACAUCCACCAGAGGCUCCUGGAGCGAGUCAGGGAGUGGGGUGCGCAAGCUGCCCGGGGGUCCGCCUGGGGGAGCCAGGGUGCUGGCAUGGAGGAGGGUU